AUGUCGACGGAGACGACUAUGAUCGAGACAGUCAUUGAGCCGCGUUCCUCUCCAUCACUCUCACCAACCCCUCCACUCUCACCCACCUUCGACGGACAUGGUGACAUUGAGCUGAACAACAUCGCUGGCGUUGUCGCGCGCGAAGCGGGCGAGCGCGAUCCUCUUUUGCUGCGCGAUCGCAUCGUCCCAGACGAGCAGUUGCAGCUGCUGCGUCGACGCACACGCGCCGACUCCAAGGUCGCCAAAUUCUAUGAGGCACAGAAUGACCAUAUCGGCCGCCUCCUCAAGCCCAUGCACGUCCAUACUGCUGAGGGUGCCGAGGCUGUCGAUAGCAUGGCGCUCAAAGUCAAGAUUGCGGUCAACGUGUCGUUUGUCGCCAACAUCAUCCUUGCCGGUGUGCAGUUGUAUGCGGCCAUUAGCUCGAUGUCGAUUGCGUUAUUUGCGUCAUGUGUGGACGCGGUGUUCGACCCCUUUGCCAACCUCCUCCUCUGGCUCUCACACCGGGCGGCAAAGCGCGCAAACCACGAAAAGUGGCCGAUGGGCGGGAGCCGAUUCGAGACGAUCGGCAAUAUCGUGUACUCGUUCAUUAUGAUGGCCGUCAACCUCAUCCUCAUCGUUGAGGCGAUCAAGCAGUUCGCGAUGCACAAAGGCGACGAUAAACAAGAGUUCCAUCUCGUUCCUCUCAUCUGCGUGUGUAUCGCGUGGGGCGUAAAGUUCCUCCUCUUCCUGUACUGCUUUGCUAUCCGCGGCGCGAGUAGCCAGGUGCAGGUACUGUGGGAGGACCACCGUAACGACCUCUUCGCCAACGGGUUUGCGAUUCUCUCGAACGCGGGCGGUGCCAAACUCGCAUGGUUCAUUGACCCGCUAGGCGGUAGCGUCAUCGCCAUCGUCAUUAUUGGCGUAUGGUGCCGUACCGCUUUUGAGCAGUUUACGUUCCUUGGCGGCAUCACCGCCUCUCCAGACUAUGUCUCGCUUGUGACCUACAAGGCAAUGACGUUCUCGGACGACAUCAAGAUGGUCGACACUGUGCGGGUGUACCACUCUGGUCCGCACUAUAUCGUCGAGGUCGACAUUGUGCUUGACCCACACAUGUCUCUCUGGCGGGCUCACGACAUCUCACAGGACCUCCAGGACCAGAUUGAGGCGCUGCCCGACGUCGACCGGUGCUUUGUCCACGUCGACCACGAGGUGACUCACACGCCUGAGCACCGGAAGACUAAAUAG